UCUUUGCUUUCGAACCCCACAGAAACGCUUGCUACGCAGGCUAGUAGAGACCCGGAAACUAAAAAGAUCAAUAACACCUGCAGAAACUCAGCAUAAUCCCGCACAUGCUGUAGAAACCUAGCACUAAGAGAACAAGGUACCCAAAGAUGCACUGCCCAGAGAUCCAGCAGAAGUUAGCAGAGACCACGAGAUCCCGGGAAACGCAUGUACGUACAGGAAAAGAGCGUGUGGAGCAGCGAAUAGUCAGGCUUUUGUUCUUUCUGUUCGAAUUCCGAUGACUUGGUCAGAGGAACUUGAUUAGAGGAUCGUUAAAAUAUCCCAAAAAAAUCGCAUAAAAAAUAGAACGCAGUAGCUGCAGGCCUACGGAGGUCCCCAUUUUGAAGUGGACAAUUGGAUAUCCUUAUAUAGCAAACCUUUUGUCGCAAUUUUCUCUGCUGAUCAAAAUCCUGCAUACUCAGGUUAUAUUUCUCGACAAUAUUUCUUCCUGCUACAAAUAACAUCUGUCCAAAUGUGAUUUUAAAAGCUAACCAAACUUUCUUUGGAAACCAGAAUUAUAUCUCUAUCGUAAAGAUUAAAUCCGAAAACCGGUGAACUUUAAAACUGCGCCUCCAAGAUGAUGGAAUUAAACCUGACUCGCCUGGACUACCUGCAAGUUGGAGUUACGUCUCCCAAAACAAUGAAACUACUGUCCGGUGGAGGAAAACGGGCUGCGCAGAAGGUUGCAAUAGCUGAUCAGGAUGGAGUGCUGACAUGUUUCGGAAUGAAAAAGAGUACUUCCCAGGUCGCAUUCAAAACACUUCCUGGUUCACCAAUCUCCAAGUUGCAGCUUGGUGGACUGGACGGGCCUUCUCAGGAGAAAGUCUUUGUAGCAACAGGGGCUGAAGUGCGUGGUUACACUAAGAAAGGAAAACAGUUCUUGGGAUUCGACACUAAUUUGACAGAGAGCAUCCAGUCCAUGUAUGUCAGUGGAGCUGAUCUUUUCCUCUGUGGAAACUAUAUCUACAAUCAUUACCGAGACUGCAAAGAUGAAAACUAUUUCCUGUCUGGAGAUAAGAUCACUGACGUCCUUUGUCUACCAUCAAAAAAAAGCACAGAUGCAUUAGUUCCUGUUCUGGCUUGUCAAGAUAGAGUCCUAAGAGUUUUACAGGAUUCUGAUUUGCUGUAUGAGGUUGAAGUUGCAGGACCCCCUCUGGUUCUGGCGCUACAUAAUGGGAGUGGAGGUCUGUCUGGAGAAGAGGUUUUGUAUGGGACAUCUGAUGGAAAAAUAGGCUUGAUUCAGUUAGGAAGGCAUUCCCCUAACCACAAGUGGGAGAUCCCCAAUGACAAGCGAAAUGGAGGUGUCUUGUCAUUAGAAACCUUUGACAUAACAGCUGAUGGCGUGCCUGAUAUUCUUGUUGGCCGUGAUGAUGGUUUGGUUGAAGUUUAUGGUUUUGACGAGAUGGAUGAGCCAGUCCACAGAUUCAAAGAGGCCAUGAGUGAGAGCAUCACCUCUGUUUGUGGUGGUUGUGUGGGUUCAUCUGGGUAUGAUGAGAUAGUUGCAGCCACGUAUGCUGGGUGGGUGGUGGGUCUUACUACAGAACCUCAGCAGAAGGAGGCGGGACCCAUGACGAAAUCACAAGAACCAAUCAGCGAUGAGGUGCAAGCAAGGAUUGACAACCUCAGGCUAGAAAUUGACAGCCUUCAACAGAAGGUGUUAAAAGAACGUGAGAAGUACCAGUAUACAGCACAUUCUGCCAAUGCCUUGUCAGCAAUGCCACAAUUUGCUAUCAACGACAAGUUUGCUCUGAACAGGGAUGAUGCUAGUUACACACUGAGCAUUGAAGUCCAGAUUCCCAUUGACAAUGUUCUCUUACAGAGUGAUGUACCUGUUGAUCUUUUGGAUGUGGACAAAAAUUCUGCUGUAGUCAGCUACAGUGCUUGUGAUAUUGAGAAUGGGAAUUUUCUUUUGGCAACUUACAGAUGCCAAGCAAACACAACAAGACUGGAAUUAAAGAUCAGAUCAAUAGAAGGACAGUAUGGCACUUUACAGGCGUACAUUACACCAAGGAUUCAACCCAAAACCUGUCAGGUGCGACAGUACAGCAUCAAGCCUCUGUCACUACACCAAAGGACUCACGUGUUUGAUGAAUCAAAGCCAAUGAACUCACUGAAGUUAGUGGGUCAUUUCAGUCUUGCUGAAGUUCACUCCUGGGUCAGUUUCUGUCUUCCUGAAGUUCCUGACAGAACUCCGGCAGGGGACCACGUGAGCUUCCAUUUUCUGUCAACGUUUCUUGACACGCAGCUGGACUGUCAGUACAAAAAAGGAGAAGCCAUCUUCAAAUCGGACAAUAUCUCAACGAUAUCAAUUCUCAAAGAUGUUCUUACCAAAGAGGCUACUAAAAGAAAAAUCAACCUCAACAUUUCUUAUGAUCUUAAUGAAGAUUCUGUGGUACACACGCUUAACCUCAUUCAUCCCAAGCUGGAGUACCAGCUGUUACUGGCCAAAAAAGUCCAGCUUAUAGAGGGGCUAAAAGAACUGCAGAUGCAUGAGCAAGACAUUGGAUUUUUUGCUCCAGAAUACCAAAAAAUUCUGGAUGAUUCAGAAAACCUUCAAGCAGAAUACAAGAAGCAGCCUUGCCACUUGGAGAGACUUUAUGGCAUGAUCACUGAUCUCUACAUUGACAAGUUUAAGUUCAAGGGGAUGAAUGUGAAAAACAAGGUUCCUAACCUCCUGGAGGUGCUCGACAACUACGAUCUACAGAAUCUUGUGGACUUUUUUGAAGGAGCAUAGUGGAACAUAUUAAAGUCAUUACGAGUCAAUACCUCGUAUUUUGUUGACUAAGCAGAAAAAAAAUAAAGUUGAACCUCCACUAACAGCGACCUCUCUACAGCGGUCACUUUUUUCAGUCCUGGUGGACAGCCUAUGUUUUCAUUCUUAUUUUAACUCCUCUACAACAACCAACUCUCCACAAUGGCAACGGCCACUAAAACUUGUCUCACCUGCCCAAAAAUCUCUGGACAAUGGCCAGUUAAUCAACGACUGGCAAACGGUGUACACGAAACCCCAUUUUAACGAUACAUUUUAAUUUAUAUUUUGUUUAACUGACAAAAAAGUUACACCCUGAAAAAGGCCAGCUUCCUCUGUCCGUAAGGUGACCAUUGUGGAGAGGUUCCACCGUAUAUUUCAGUGUAAAAAUAUCAAUUUUUGUCUGACAUACUUUAAAGUAGCCUCUGAACUAGUUUAUUUAUUUGAAGGUUUUGUAACUUUUGUACAUAGCGGUGUGCUUUGUUGUUAAUUACUAUAAGUGUAAAAAACUAUCAUUUGCUUUAAUGCCCAUCAGUCACUCAGUCGGAAAAAGGAAACCUACAAAUACAUGUACAACUAUCUUCAACUUGUGUAACACAACCAUCACACUAAAUAAAUAUAGCAAGAACUUAAAAAAUUA